AUGCGGCUGAAACGCGGGCUAGAACGGGAGUCGUGCGAUUUCUGUCACAGACGCAAGAUCAGAUGCGAUCGGUCUUCCCGACUUGCUGGCGGUGAGCCCAAGUGCUCUCAGUGUGAUUUACGACAGAUAGCCUGCAGCGUUGAUGAUUCCAACGACGUUCGCAUUCAGAGGAGGAAACAGACGAGAAGUGCCCAUGUUGCCAUAUCGGACUCGGGAUAUUUUCAAGAAGCCGGUUCCGCCCCCUCAAAAGAUGCGCCUUCAACCGCAACCUUAGAGCCCGCCAUUGCGAAUCUCACACCACAGGGAACAAUAUCUCCAGAUACGCACAACACACCAUUUACAGGGACACCAUCCUUUCUACUAUCAGACAAUCUAUUUGACCUCAGUGCGGACAGCAUACUGUUUCUCGACCAAAUCUUCAUGGGGGAUCCGUCGUCCUCAGAAUGGACCAACACGCCACUGAGCCUCGCGCCAAGUCAGGACCAGCUUAUAUCAGAGGCACUCUCACCAGACGAUCAACAUCAUGAGCUUUGGGAGAGCUGCAACAUGGACUCGGCCACGUUCAAAGCUGCCCUUAGGCUCUACUUCACCCACGCGGCAUUAUGCCUGCCCAUCCUCCUCCAAGACGCCUUCUGGCAGGACUACGAAUCAAACAGGUGCUGCCACGCGCUUAUAUACGCCAUUGCCUGUCGUGGGAUGCCAUUCACAGACCUCCCCGACAAAUGGGAGAUGCAGCAGCGCCUGGCCAACAAGUUUAAAGAAUCCUUCUUCGAGCACCAGUCGACGCCUGGCCGGGGAACAGACCGCCUCGACGACAUCGAAGCACUGGCGCUCAUGACGAAUUUCCAAUACGAAAACAGCACGGCAUCUUCCCUGCCGGCACACAUGGAAACGCUGUUUCUAUCUCUCGACUCACUCGUCAUGAUGACGUUGCAGUAUCGCCUCGAGGAAAAUGCCUCGUCCUCCUCAUCCCUUUCUCGAGCGCCCGAGCGUCGAACCCUUCUAUUCUGGCACGUCUACGGCCUAGAUGCCUUCAACAACCUCGACCACAAAAAGCUGUCACGCAUACCGGAUACCGACAUCGAUAUCACGGCUUCGUUGCCCAGGAACGAAGCCCACAGCUACCUGGAUGCCAUCCUGUCGCUGGCGAUAAUUGCGCGGAACAUGGGACAAAAGUUCUGCACCGCAACAUGUAGAAGACAGGGCGUGAAGCUCGCAGACGUCGAGGCACUAUACAGGCAGCUCGAUUCUUGGAGAGCCAGAUGCCCGGACUAUCUGCGCCAUUGCGACAGCGGCAGACCGUCUAGGACGGACGUCCAUGUUCAACUGCAGAGGUGCGUGAUGCGUCUCCUGGAAGCGAGCUGCUACUUGCAGAUUCAGGGCUUCGUUGACGAAUACGGAAUCUGCCAAGAGGCCAAUCUCGGUGGCGAAAUGGCUUGCUUCAGAGUCGAAUAUGAGAGCGUACGGGCCGUCAGGGACGCCGUAGACAUGUGUAAUUGGAUGGCAAGGUAUGACAAUGACAGGCGUGGCACACACACGCUUGUUGAUCUGGCGCCUAAUAUCCUGCGCGACAUAUGUGCAGGACUGGGUGUUUGGGCGAGUAUUCGCGGGACAAAGCUCAUAAAGGGCGAGAGCGUCUCGUCCCCCUAUGUCAUUAAAAUCAAGGGGUGGAGGGAGCCGGCCGGUGCGGAAGACGCGAAGAAGCGGAAGCUUUGGGAGUAUCUUGACACGGCCAAGUUGUUUCGUAGUACUGUUGCGAGGGCGGUUUCCCACAAGGAUACGGACAAGACACUCGAAAGGGUUGAUGAGUUUUUGGGCCCGUUUAUGGACGACUUGGAGCAGAUGCAGGCGGACACGGUGAGCUGA